AGUGUACAUUAUUUAGUCGCAUUACAAUCAUACGUUCAUUGUUGUCAAAAGGUCAUUCAGCUUAGAACUUUACAUAAAUAAUUUACGAAUAAUUUCUAUCACAUUUCGAGGGUAAUCGGAAACAAUAUCAAGAUAUUCUCAACAAGAUGACGUGAACCCGGAGUAUCGACUGCCGACAGUGCCGUCACAGAUAUAGUCGAGGUAAAACUUUUGUUACGAUAAACCAGUUCAAUAUUCCUUUGUUACUUCUACGCAAACAUUUACUCAUUUAGAAAAACGUAUAUAUCGGGCGAUUAUUCGAAGAUUACUCUUUAAAAGAUGUCGUUUUCGUUGCGUAAGAUGCUUUCGAACAUAAGCUAUUUCAAAAAGCCAGACGAUGACCCGCAAGAUUCUGAUGAAAUUACGAAGAAGCGACGGCACACGUACGUGUGUACUGAGAAGAGUUCUUCCAUAUCUUUUGACCGCGUAGAACCUGAUUCCACUUCCAGACAGUGCGCUACGAGUUCCAGCUUAAAACUUCCCGAUUCCGUCAAAAUAUACGCCGCCAAAAAAGGCUCUCUAUCCGACACUGACCUGCUCACGGUCAGCAUGGAAACCCCGAAAAAAGACCGGAAAAAAUGCAAAAAGUUACGCUUGGAUAUCAAAAAAGCCAGCAAAUCAAUGGACGCAGUCAAUCAGUCAGAUAGCUCGAACAAUGUUGAGAAUACGCCAAAACACGUUUUGUUGGAUUGCAAAAGUGAAGACCUUUUCAGCGAGCGAUUCCAUGGAUUUGACUUCAGCCGUUCCUUUGAAAUUUCCGAUGCCAUGUGCGAUGAGUUGUCUUUUGAAGAAGACAAUUUGGAUAUCGAAUCUCUCUCCGAACAUUCUGAUACAGAUAUAUCUAUAGUGUCUGAAAAGGAAAGUAUCAAAAUGUGUCGCAAAGUUGACCACGAUGAAAUGAAUUUAGAGCAACAGCUGGUCCCGUCUGCCAGUCCAGAGUCAUUUGGCGACGUUGAGGUUGAAAAAAAUGAAGAAGAGCGUAUGUCUCUGCUUUUGAAUUACCAAAUGAAACUAGAAAAGAUGGAAUGUUUUCUCAAAAAGUUACUAUCAGAGUUCCAAUUUCACAUCGAAGUGUCUAAAGUCUUUCUGUGCAAAUCCAUAGUCACCACGUUGCCCGGGACAGACGUCAGUAACAUCCCGAAGGUGCUCGGACAAGUCACUUAUAUUGAUAACGUUAGGGGCAUAAGCCCGACUGGAUCGUGGAAUAUAAUCAUGGAAAAAGAAGACGGUGUAAUGAAAAGCAAACUUAAGAAGCAACUCCUGUCCAUGCGCCACACCAUUGACGAGUUUGUACAUGUGUAUCUUCAAAAUCAGGAAAAGCGCAAGAAAAUGCUCUCGCGUCAACAUAAGAGCAUAACCUUCGAUCUUCACAAGGAGAAACGUCAGCCUCAACGACGCAGAAUUAGUAACAAGAAGAAAUACAGACAUUUCGAUUUCCCUGACUACCGUGACGCUUUCCUAACGCUGUUUUCCUGCGAAGAUGAUUUUGAAACUAGUUUUGCCAACACUCCAUGUUCUGAUGACUCGGAAGCUAAAUGCAUUUGUAACUGUCACUCUCACUCUCCAAUAUCCCAGACCGAUUCCGCCCUCACUAUUAAAGAGGAAUUUAUAUCGAGUCAGUCAAUUUCAUCUUCCAUCGGCAACUUCAGCCUCGAUUCUUCGACAUUGACCGCAUAUUCCGAAUCCUUAGACCAGAUUGUCAGCUACAACAGUUUCCAAGACACAAGUCUUUAUAACACUUUGCUGCAAAAAGCUGCAAUAGAACGUAUCACUUUCUAUGUACAAGUGCACAGCAUCCAGUUGAAAUGUGAAUUGUCUGACCAAGAGUACGAAUCGAAAAUUGUUAUAUUAUUCGACUGUCCCGUUUGCAAAUCUGUUGAAAACGAAGAAAAUGGACUUCUAAAGCACAUUUUGAGUCAGAGUCACUGUGAGAAAAUACACUUUCUGUACAAGACUGCGUAUAUCAAGAAAUGUGUGUCAGCGGGAAAGGAGAUCAUGCCUAGCACAGUGCUGAAUCCCAUGACGAUGUACCGGGAUGAUAACAAAAUUGUUUGCUUCGGAGAUGCGAUGUAUGCUUGUUCGUUGUGUUUCGAAAAUCUGAUUGUCGGAGAGUCUGUGCUGAUGGCUCACUGCGGCGAGGCAGAUCACAUCGAACGAAGGGAAAAGCUAAGCGAAAUUUUAGAUUGAGAAGCAUGCUGCAUGUCUUUUGUCAUGUGUUCUAUUAUUUUUAAAUGUACUUUUAUUUGUAAGCAGUUUUUAAAAUGAUUAUUACGGCAUUAUGACAAUACUUUUAUUCUUUUUUAUUUAUCUAUUAUAUUUAUUUUUUAAUUUAGCAGCUGUGUAUGACUGUAUUUAUUAUUUUAUGUAUUAUUAAAAAUAAAUUAUUACAUAUAAUAAAGCUAAAUAUUUUGAACACAUGAUGCCAGGCUAGAAAUUUAAGAUAUUAUACAUGUGUAACCUUUAAUAAGUAGUAAUUAUUAAAAUAUAUAAUCAUAUAAUAAUGUGUAUCGAACCGUCAUAAUAUUUAGGGUGAUUGUGAUUUUUUUUUAUUUAUACAAAUAUAACUUAAAUAAACUAAGUUUAUUAAUAAAUCUAAAUGAAAUUUAAAACUAAAUUAAAACACGAUAUAUGUAUACUUUUUAGAAGAUGUGAUAUUGUUUCAGUUAAAAAAAAUAACUAGGUAUAUUGUUCAAUUUAUGACACAGUUCGUGUAAAGCAAUAUGUAAAAUGUUGGUUCCGUUUUGUCACAGUCGCCCAAAUAUUAUGGAGGAUUUUAAAGUAAGUCAUUACAGUUUUCUCCUAGCUAAUUAGCUCGAUGUUACACAGAACUGAUUAUUAAUAUUCAAAAAAUCAAACCAAAAUAAUAAAUUAGAUCUCAUUUUUAUACCUAUAUCUGGUCCCUAGCUUUUUCGUUUUUUUAAAAGCGACCAAUAUUAUUGUGAUAAAUUGUAAUUUAUUAAAACUACAACGCGGCAUAUUUGAUAUGUGUUUUAAAACAGACUUCCAAUUUUUUUUUUUUAAUUUCAAUAAUAAAAAAAAUGUGGUGCUGAAAUGAGUUUAGGUACAUUGUUUUCGUAAGAUAUGCUGCGUUAUGAGCCUGCACAGAUGUGGAAUGAUUUUUAUUAUACUUUUUUUUUUCCUUAAAAUAUUUACCUUCAUAGAUUAUAUUUUUUUUUUAUUGUAACGUUUUAAUAUAUGCAGAGAUCAUCUGUGCAGAAUAGUAAUUGGUGCUCACACACUGCCAUAAUAAAGUGCCGUUUCGUGUUCAUGUCCGUGUUUAGACGAAUUUAGUGUUAAUUAUUGUCGGAUCUGCUACUUCGGUAAAUUCUGUGAUGUUAAAUAAAUAAAAAAAAAACUAUAAUGUAAAACAGUUCGUAAUAUAGCCAUGGUUGUUAAUUAAAAAAGGGAAUAUUUGCAUAUUUUUUUUUACAAUUAUACGUUUUAUGAUUUAACAAUUAUCAAAUUUCACAUUCCAUUUAAUUUGGGAAACGAAAAUAGUAAAAAGAUUGAUUUUAAUUAAUUUUAAGUCAGUAGUUACAUUCAAUUAUCAUAUUUGUUUGUUUAUUUGUUACCUGAUUUACGAUGGUGCGAUAUCCUGCAAUAAUUGAUAAAAUAUUGUGCCUUUUUUCUUAUUAUACCUAGUUUCGAAGAAGCAAAUUCGACGGUAACUCCAAAAACAGGGUGAUUUUGCAUUUUUUUUACCCAAUUUUUUGAUCUGUUUCUCAAACUUAAUACAUUGUAGUUUAAGAAUAAUUUUAAGAAUAUGUACUUUAAUCAAGGAUAAUUGCAAUCUAAAAAAAAUAUACCUCUCACGUUGGAAAACGCAAUUAUUAUGCUCAAAUACAAUACAAUAUUUAAAUAUAUAAAUUUUAGCACGUUGCAAACGAAACACUUAUACAUUUUCAUAUAAAAAUACAUUCCGUCAACUCAUCUUUCAGAUUUCCCAGUGAUGUGAUUUUGAAUCUCUAAUCCCGAAUUUGUACUAAAAUAUUAAUAUUUACACUAACCAGUACUGUUUCUGAUGUUCCUCCUAUUAUUGGAAAUCUUUUUCGUAUUCGAUAAAAUAUUACUUGUCUGAUUUUUCCGUCUCAAAUAAAAAAUACCUAUACCUAUAUAAUAUGAUAACCAUACGUUGAAUUUGUUUUAAAAUAUACUAAUACUACUUUAAUAUUAAUGUAUAAAAAAAAAAACUAAACGAAAUUUUCACUAGCUGUAGAUGUUCCUGUUUUUAUCGACUGCCAACAUAUUCCUGACGGACCUCAACUCUAAAAUAAGUUUUCAGAUCUCAAGCCUAACAAAAGACUGAUAAUUCGAUGCCACUCAAAAAAAUUUGCCGCCUAAACUAAGAUAUACGUAAGCUGUAAUCUUAUCCUUUUCACGUUUAUAGGCUAGGUACUAGCACUUAUUGUAAAAUAUAAUUAGUGAUUUGUUAGUGUUUUAAUGUAUUUCGUUAUUACUGUCUUGCAACUUUUAAAAAAAAUCUAUGGAAAAAUAUGUAUAUGUAAUCGACUUGAAACUAUCCGAAAAUGUGCUAUAGGAUUUUUAUAUAUAUCAAAUUUUACGUUUCUCUUUUAAGUUUUUUUAAUGUCUGGAACAUUUUGAUUACUUUUGCGUUUGGGCAUUUUUUAUUGGUAGGUAGCUAGAUAUUUAAGUAUGUACUUAGAUAUAAUAACAUUUAGUAAAAUUGUUUACUGAUAUAGAAACAUGAAGUUGAAAAAAAAAAACUCGACAUUCUGACUUUUACUAAUUUUCUUAGAUAUGUUUUGGACUGAAACCUUUCCUGUAUCUUUUUUUACUAUGUUUUUGUUAUUGACUGUAAGCUAUCUACUUCAGAAAGAAAUAGGUUAUCUUCCUGCACGUCUGUCCUGUUCACUUCACGCAGUGUUUUUAUAUACAAAACUGGUAUAAAUUUAAUUUUACUAGUUUGAAAUUACCCUGUCCGCUUGGCGUUUAGUUAAAAUUUACAAAAAUGUGACUAUAAUUGUUCUCGCUCAGCCAUUCCACUUACGUGUAUUAACUAUUAAACAUGUGGUAGUGUUAACGUGCAUGAUGUAUUCUUUGUUAAGGUUUAUAAUGGCUCAAAACUGAAAAUGCGGAAAAAAAAAAGUUAUUUUUGUAAGUAUGUGUAAGCAUUUUUUUCUAAUCUUAGAAUUAAAAGAAAAAUUGUUUUGAUGAAAAAUUCCAAAUCAUCGUUGAGAAAAUUCAUGGAAACGUUUGAUUUUUUUUUUAAACUUUACUCAUAUUUUUUUAAAAAAUGUAAAUUUGUUUUUGUUCAAAGUACAUAUACAUAACAUUUUCAAAAUGAACCAAAAUGCUUAAUAUUAGAUGGUACUUAAAACGCGAAAACUGUGAUUUUUACUGUUGAUUCUGAAAUUGUUAAAAUAGUUUUAAAAUACUAAAUCCAUGUUUCGGCUUUGAAAAACAUUGGCUUUGGUUGAUUUUUUUUACCACUUUAUACAAAAUAAUUGCGAUCUUAUAUACAGCCCUUUUACAGUUAUUUUAUAUUAUCGCAUAAAUUAUAUCAAUGUUAUCGACAGAAGCUUCAGUUUUUUAUAUUAUUUUAAAGUAAAAAGUGUCGCUAAUAAUUAAAUAUGGUUCUAUCAAUGUGUAUUUUGAAUGAUCAAUGCAAUCAAUCAAUCAAUCUUUGGCUCGUGAAUUCCGAAAUACCUAAUUAAUUUCUAAUUAACAAUCUCGAUAAACUUUAAAAAAUAAUUAUCUAGGACAAUUCCCUAAUAGAAUUUGUUCUAGAGUCACAUAUUUUAUUACUAAAGACUUGGAAUCACAGCUUUAAAUUCAGAAUUAUCGUGUCUUCUUUUUAAUUUUUUCAUACAUCAUACAUAUAUGAGAUGCUGGCUUAUUUUUUAACAAUGCUUUUCAAAGUCGACGCAGAAACGGCCGUUCGGUAUCUGUGAUUUCAUAUUAGUGUUCAUAUCAUUAAAUGUAAGUUGCUGUUGCCACGUAGAAAUGACAAAAAAAAAAGUUUUUUUUUUUUUCUAAAAUUCCCUAACAAUUUUUUUGUUGUUAAUAUAUAUAUUUUUUUUACUUGUUGAAAGCAUUUUUGCAUAUUGGUCUUUUUUUUUAAUAAGCUACAUAAAAAUAUUAUUUUUGUAUGUUCAAUCAAAUUAAAUAAAUAUUGUCAGAGAUGUCAAUUAAAAUUGUUUAGGAUCUUGUUUUUGUUAUGUCUACGCGGCGACAGUGGCGCCUCUCCUGUUGACUGUUAUUUUUCGGGUAAACCGGUCUCGACUUAUUAAAUGUGUGCAGUUUGGA